AUGUUUCCUGAAUUUGUGGAUUACAAAAAAUGUGGGGAUAAGAUGCUUCAAAGAGUCAUAAAACCAGGAGGUCUGCUGCAAAAAGAGCUCAACAACAAUAAAGAUUUUAAGUCAAUGUGGAAAGCUAAUGAAACAUGUGGGAAGAAGAUUCCAGGUGGAACACAAGAGCACAUGGCUGCAUUGAAGAGCUAUGCAAAAGCUAAUAAAAAAUUUCUUAAAUCUUUCAACACACAACUUUAUAACAAGGGCACGAACAUCACAAUGUACCAAGAUCAGUUUUCCUUCAAAUCUCUUCACUUCCUACUGACAGAUGGCAUGCAACUUUUACGCAAAGAAAACACAACGUGUCAUAAUGUGUAUUAUGGCACAGAGAAAAAGUACAAUAUAGCGCCUGGAGAUUUAAUCAGAUUUGGGAGAUUUUAUCCAGCACAACUAGAGUAUAGUCUUGCAAAUGAGGAUGCAGUAGACAGCGAUGGGACCAUUUUUAACAUCACUUCUUGUACUGUGGUCAGUCUUGAUGAAAGUGGGUGUAAGGCAGAGGAAAUCGAUCUGCUAAUAUCCCCUGAGGAAGCUUUUGAUGUUGAAGACAUCAGGAAAGUUGGCCCCAAAGAUGAAGAAGUUACAAUGGUCAUCUUAAAGCCAUCUGCUUCUCACAGGUCCUUCGACUGUAGCCACCUGUUCAGCUCGUCCACAUCUGAUGAAUCCUCUUCUAAUUUGCUGAGGUCCAGUUUAAUGAACGUGAUGACUCCCUUUUUGAUGGUGUGCAUAUACACACUGGCUCUGUAA